AAACAGUGUCUUAGGAAGAUAUAACCCUACCACCCCGCCAUCCCCGUCUUUCACAUUAUUUCGCACCACAAAACAAAUCUCAACAAACAAACUUCACUCAGGAUGGCCCACAAAACCGCAGGAUCCGGGCCCGAGGUAGCUAAGCUAUUUGAUACGAUUCUAGUACUUUAUACCCUUUGAUUGAAUUCACGGCGCAUAUCUGACAGUGCAGUUUGGAAUAAUUAGGUUCUUGACUUCGGAUCCCAAUACAGUCACCUGAUUACCCGUCGUCUUCGUGAACUCAAUGUCUACGCCGAGAUGCUCCCCUGCACUCAGAAACUCGCAGACCUAUCAUGGAAGCCGAAGGGUGUGAUUCUCUCCGGGUCUCCAUAUUCCGUCUAUGACGCCGACGCACCACACGUCGAUCCUACUGUCUUCGAGAUUGAGGUUCCAGUUCUUGGUGUCUGCUACGGCCUCCAAGAAAUCGCCUGGAACCACGGCAAAGACGUCUCCGCCGGUAACCGCAAAGAGUACGGCCAUGCAAUCCUUAGCGUAGCCAGACACACCGACGCCCCCUCACACAUCGACGUCCUAUUCUCCGGCCUAGCAGACGAACUAGAGGUAUGGAUGUCCCAUGGCGAUAGGCUCCGCGCUCUACCAAUGGACUUUGUCACCAUUGCUACCACCCCCAACGCUCCCUUCGCCGGAAUUGCACAUGCCCAGAAGAAGCUUUACGGCAUCCAGUUCCAUCCGGAGGUUACGCACACCUCCUGCGGGAAGGCUCUCAUUGAGAAUUUUGCUGUUAAGCUCUGUCAAUGUAAGCAGAAUUGGACGAUGGAAAGGUUUGUCGACACCGAAAUUGAUAGAAUCAGGAAGGUUGUCGGGGCAACGGGGCAGGUUAUCGGAGCUGUUUCUGGAGGUGUUGAUUCUACUGUUGCGGCGAAGCUAAUGCAUGAGGCUAUUGGUGAUCGGUUUCAUGCUAUCCUCGUUGAUAACGGGGUUAUGAGGUUGAAUGAGUGUAAGACCGUGCAUAAGACUUUGACUGAAGGGUUGGGAAUCAAUCUUACCGUCGUUGAUGCCUCUGAGGAGUUCUUGGGGAAGCUUAAAGGCGUCGAGGAUCCCGAGAAGAAGAGGAAGAUCAUUGGAAAUACCUUUAUUGAGGUUUUCCAGAGGGAGUCUGAGAGGGUUAUGAGGGAGAGUGGUGGUGCUGUGGAUUUCUUACUUCAGGGGACUUUGUACCCGGAUGUUAUUGAGAGUAUCUCUUUCAAGGGCCCGAGUGCUACUAUCAAGACUCACCACAACGUGGGUGGCCUCCUUGAGAACAUGAAACUCAAGCUCAUUGAGCCCCUCCGCGAACUCUUCAAAGACGAAGUCCGCGUCCUUGGAACAAAGCUCGGCAUCCCCGAAGACUUGGUCUGGCGUCACCCCUUCCCGGGACCUGGCAUCGCUAUCCGCAUCCUGGGAGAAGUAACACCCGGGCAGGUCGCCAUCGCCCGCAAAGCGGACCAUAUUUUCAUCGAGGAGAUCAAGGCCGCCGGCCUCUACCGCAAGAUCUCUCAAGCCUACGCCGCCCUUUUACCCGUCCGCGCGGUCGGCGUCAUGGGCGAUAAGCGGGUCUAUGACCAGGUCAUCGCUUUGAGAGCAGUCGAGACUACUGACUACAUGACGGCUGACUGGUUCGACUUCGACGGAAGGUUCUUGAGAAAGGUUGCUGGCCGGAUUGUAAAUGAGGUGGAUGGGGUUUGUAGGGUUGUCUAUGAUGUUACGCAGAAGCCGCCGGGGACUAUUGAGCUUCAGUAGCGGGGAUUCUGCCUGGGCUGCGAAUGGGUUUUUAGACAAUAGAUGGGUUUGAGUUUCUUAUUUUAUGGUGUAGAGGUUUUGCGUUAUCUGGCGGAUGAAUUGUGAAUAUACCAUAUGUUAUAAUCCCA